CACACAAUAAUCAACUGUCAGUACAAACACCGAUAUUGUGAUUAAUAUAAUAUUAUUUAUAUAUUUAGUAUUUUUUUAAUGAUACUAAAAAGCGAUGACAACCAAAAAGUUAUCAAUACUUAAGAGGAGAGCGGAUAGGGAUAGAGGAGAGUUGGUGUGCGGUGUGAGCGCCGGUACUACAGCUGACGGAAGAAUAUUCUACAAGAAUCACCAAACAAAGACAACCUCAUGGCUGCCACCCAUCGAGUCUUGGAUGGCAUCCGAUGAUCACUGUCUUCCCUAUGGCUGGGAGUCAGCCGUCGAUAAAGAAGGCAAACCUUAUUUUAUAAAUCACGUCAACAAAACGACGACAUAUGAAGACCCGAGAAAAGACUUGGAGGAAGAGCCGCCACCCGUUCCCCGAGUAGUUGAACUCAUUAGGGAUGAGAAGUUGAACUUUGGUUUUGUGGCCGGAAGUGAAAAACCAGUUGUCGUACGAUUUGUUAAAGAAGGGGGUCCAAGUGAGGGCCUACUCCAAGCUGGGGACCAAAUACUCAAAAUCAAUGGCGAAGAUGUUUAUCGGGCGCCCCGAGAGCAUGUCAUUGAGCUGGUCAAAUCGUGCAAACACAGUGUUGUACUCACUAUAUGUCAGCCCUACUCUAAUAAUUCCACCCGCAAGUCAGCACUCCUCACAGCCUCCAAAAAAGCUAAAUUAAAGUCUAAUCCAUCGCGAGUUAGAUUCGCUGAGGGAGUCGUCAUCAAUGGUUCACCUCUUUUCUGUCCGUUGUCUACCUUCGACUCGUGCGUUCCAUUCAUGCCUAACGUGUUAAAGGUAUUCCUCGAGAACGGACAGACAAAGACAUUCAAAUAUGACAGCUCUACAACAGUUCAGGAUGUCUUGAGCUCAUUGUUAGAGAAGUUAUCGAUCAAAUGUGGUGAGCAUUUCAGUCUAUGCACCGAACAUAUCAAAACUAUGCGAAGAAAUCGAUUAACACUUCUCGACCCAAAAGAGCCUUUAGCUAAGAUUGCCGCCCGUCCCGGUGCUCAUAACCUGCGGUGCCUUUUUCGUGUGAUGUUUGUACCAAAUAAUGCUAUGGAUCUUCUGGAGAGAGAUCAGAUUGGUUUUGAAUAUCUAUACAAUCAGUGUUGUAAUGAUGUGGUUCAGGAGCGGUUCUCACCUGAACUCAAGUAUGAAAUUGCAUUACGAUUAGCAGCUCUCCAAUUGCUUCAACACUCAAUAGACAGCAAUUGUCUGCAAAGUAAUGGUAAAGUAAAUGUCAAACACAUCGAAAGGGAAUGUGGUUUAGAAUCGUUCGUUCCGUUUACUCUAUUGGAGUCUAUGAAACGCAAAGAACUUCAUAAACUGCUCAACCAUUUCCUUAAACUCAACCAACAGUUAUGUCCGUCGGGCCAGAAGUGUCUGACAUCACUGCAGGCAAAACUACAUUACUUGAAGAUAAUGAGUGAAUUGCCAUCAUAUGGAGCAAAGAUAUUCUCAUUGAAUAUAAGAGAUGCGACUACAGAAUCUGGUCUUUUAGUUAGUCCUAAGUUUGGCGUAAGUCAUGUGAAUAGUCUUAUGAGAAACUCAUUACCCAUCACUUUAGCACAAAUUGAAGACAUUAGUUAUGUAAAAGUGUCCAAAAGUGAAGAUCUUUAUUAUAGUCUAGAAGUACAUCUCAGUCCAUAUAAUAACGAAAUGAUAUGUCCGACAGUUCAGUCACCGCUCAGGUUUGAACUCGAGGACAGGGAUGCAGAAGAGUUUGUUCUUUUAGUUAAAGGAUAUCAUAGACUAUUCAAUAAGUAUGAUAUUGAGUGCAACAAUGAGAAAGAGUUGCCAGUAUUCUGGGAUAUACCAGAGGAAUGGUGGAAUGAUAAUGUCAAACGCAAUCUUAUAUAUGGCUUUGCUCCCAGUUAUUGUGGUGUCCAUACCGUACGGGUAGCUCAUUGGAGUUACGCCGCCAAUGAGUCCGUCAGACAAAUAGAUUUAUCUAUACCUCCGCCUCGUUAUAUGCUUACCGAUAACGAUGAGAGUUCCCAACAAAUUAAUAGUAACACUACUACACAUCCAACUGUUAACCCCAAUAACUAUGCACUGAUAGAUCACCAAAUGAAUGAAAAGCCAGAACAAGUGGUCACAACCAAUGGUGGCAUUGAUUUGCCAUCACUUAUGUCGAUGGAAAUACUUGAAUCUCAAGCGUGCGAUGUCGACACCAAAAAUGAUGACAUCAUUAGAAGAGUGUCAGAAAUGAAUCAAAUAGUGGCCGACGCCGAACACUAUUUGACCGCAAAAGAGUCAUUUAAUGGCGAUAAUGAUAAUACUCAAGUGAUUAAUAGACCAGAAAUGGACACCAGUUGGGACCAGACAUCACAGAUACUACAAUCUGCUACGGAUUCAUUGCUUCUCAUAAAGCAAGUCAAUGGUAACGGCAUUGCAGAUAAUAAUGGCUUUAAUGACAAAAAAAUUGCGAAAGAUGUCAUUAAUGGUGACUUAUCUGCCACUGAGAGCGACACCGAUAGCCUCAUGAGUCCAAAUGAGAGUCAAAACAGUAUAAAUGUGUUGAACGCAUUGCAACUACAGGCUAACGGUAAUGUAACCGUCAAUGGGAUCAGUAAUAGUAAUCGGACUCAGAUUAAGCAAACGCCGAGUUUUGGUUUGCACAGUCCCGAUGUCUAUCCAAACACAAGUACUACAGACCUACAACUCAUCGACGAUAGUAAUCUGAAAGCUGAACCCGAUUUAAAAUUUCAAUUUCCCAAAGAUAUUUGUUGCGACUCUGAUAUGAUUGACUUAACAGCUAUUCCUCCGCCCGACACUCCCGAUGAACUUGAAUUUAUUGACUCAACCAUUAGCUUUCCAACUACUGAUGAUCCGCCCACACCCUAUAAAGAGGACAUCGACUUUACAAGCUUUACUGUGGAUGACUCGGCCCGAGUUGUGGCCGAAUUAGAUGACUUGUGUGACACCCUAUCGGAAAUUCAGUCGUCGACAGCUGGCGAUAGAGACUCUAAUAUUAAUCAACAUUUACAAUAUAUGUCUCAAGACAUCGAUGACUUUAUUGAGUCGAUGACAGUGAGACCACCUCCAGCUACUAAUGAACAAAUAGCACCAAAUGAACACUACUUAACACCAUUCAUAAUACCUCCGCCACCCAACUCAUCGCCAUCAAUGACCAGAACACAGGAUGAUGUAAUCGCAAAGUUUUGGAAAGUGACAGACGAUAUAAAGAAAAUGUGUAUAAAUGAUGAAACGAGUCCAAGACUUUUCAAGCGUGAAGUCCAUAGCAGUAGUUCCGGUGAAUCAGGUUAUGAUUCGGCAUUUAAUUCGUACACAUUUUCUUCUGCAGCUAAUGAUUGGCCAGUUUUCCCAGAGAACGGCUCACCAAAGCUCUCACUUCCCACUGUUAUUGAAGUUAAUUCUUCAACAGAAAAUGAGAGUCACUUUUUAAACCAAAGUUAUAGUAAAAGAUCUGAUAGGAGUUCCAAUGCGAGUACCAGUUUAGAAGAUUUAAGAAAUAAAGAUGUGAGCAGUCAAAUGAAUGGCUCGAUAUCACCCAAACAGUCGAUGUCUCGAUCUAACUCUUGGAACAAUUUGCCCACUAAUACUCCCAAUUCUUCUGCAACAUCUCACACAAUAAUACAGUUUGCAAAACCUCCUAUACCUCCAUGUUCUCCGUCUAUACAAGAAAAGAGAAGACAAUUAGGAAUCAAACCAAACAGUCCUAAACAUCAUAGAAGUGGUAAACACCAUCACCACACACAUAGUCAUCACAACAGUCAUAAUGGCUAUCAGUCAAAUGGCAACAAUACUGGAUCCGAGACGAUAACAAAUGGUGUCAACAGCUUUAUUACAUCGGAAGCCGUUCGCAAACAAACUGACGAAAUCUUUCAUCAAUCACAACACGAUAUCGAUGUACUGUUGGCCCGAUUAGAGGAGGUUCACGACAAACGACUUCAUUCUAGUCAUGGCUUUGAGUGCACUGAAACUGACUUCGUGGCCGCUAAAGAAGCUUUGGUCACCGAAUCUCGUCAUUUUGUGACCGCAUCCAAAUUGUUUGUCAAGUGUGCCACUGAUGGGUCACCUCAGCUCUUGGAGUAUUUGUUAGAUUGUGUGACACUACUCGAGCGCAUGUAUAGUGUCGGUGAGAUUGUACUCUUGAAUCUUGAAUCACAGGCACACAUCACUUGUCUGGUCGACCGACUUAAAGAAGUGGCCGCCACUUAUGCCUAUACUGUGGACACCGUUCAUAAGCUUAACGACAAUUUGUGUUCUCCAGCUUCCAGUCCUUAUAUGGGACUUCUAAUGACUCACGCGACCAGUUUGGCCACUUCGUUGAGUGCACUCAUGAGAACAUUGCGGGCAAUGAAUAUAUAA